CUGCAGGUCACAACUGUGCAGUGAAUGGCUAUGGGAAAUGCCUCCUUUGUAACUGAGUUUAUCCUUACAGGAUUGACAAACCAACCUAAACUACAGCUGCCCUUGUUUUUUCUGUUUAUGGUGAACUACAUGGUCACUGUGGUGGGCAAUGUGUGCUUAAUGAGGCUAAUUUGUCUGAAUUCACACCUUCACACCCCUAUGCACUUUUUCCUCUUCAAUCUGUCCUUUAUUGAUCUCUGUUACUCAUUUGUCUUUACCCCCAAAAUGCUAAUGAGCUUUAUUUCAAAGAGAAACAUCAUCUCCUUUGCAGGAUGCAUGUCUCAGCUAUUUUUCUUUUGCUUUUUUAUCAACUCUGAGUGCUAUGUGUUGACAGCCAUGGCCUAUGAUCACUAUGUGGCCAUCUGUCAGCCCCUGCUGUACACAAUCACCAUGUCCCCUCAGAUCUGUUCUCUGCUGAUGUCUAGUUUAUAUAUGAUGGGGUUUGCUGGUGCCAUGGUCCACACAGGGUGUAUGAUCAGGCUGGUAUUUUGUGAUUCUAACAUCAUCAACCAUUACAUGUGUGACAUCGUCUCCCUCCUCCAGCUCUCCUGCAGCAGUACUUAUACCAAUGAACUGGUUUCUGUUGUUGUUGGGACAGUUGUCAUAGUAUCCAGCUUCUUUAUCUCUAUUUCUUAUGCUUUGAUUAUUUACAAUAUCCUUCACAUACCAUCAGUUAAAGGUUGGUCCAAAGCCUUCAGCACCUGUAGCUCCCACAUAAUAACAGUUGGUCUAUUCUAUGGAUUUGGGCUGCUCACUUAUGUUAAACCAUCAUCUGCUGAGUCUGUGGGGCAGGGAAAAUUUUUCUCAUUUUUUUACACCAAUGUGUUGCCCAUACUGAACCCUCUCAUUUAUAGCCUCAGGAACAAUGAUGUCAAAAUUUCUGUGAAGGAAAUCCUUAAGAGAAUUACAAACUGA